CGGCGGUUGGCCGGCUUCAGCUUGCUGCUGCGCUGCGGGCGUCGUGUGUGAGGCGAACCGAGUGGCGCGACGAGACCACAGCGAAAAAAUGUCUUCACAGCGCCGUCCACAGAGUGGCGGCGGAGCCUCUGGCGGCCUCGCUCCCCCUCCUCGUCCACGCCCCCGCCUGCUGACAACGGGGGGUCUCAAGGGGUGGCAGUACGGGGUGCUCGUGGUGUCGUGCGUUGGCUCCAUGCUAGCGGGCGCGAGCGUCGUCCAUAGACUCUUUCCGCCGGACCUGACUUUGCCGGGCGCGGGCGAGGCAGACCCAGCCGAGAAGCGAAAUAAGAACGGCAACAUGGGCGAAACGACGCAGCAAUAGCAUUCGGCGUGGAUGUGUCUUUUUUAUUAUCAUCGACCGCGCUAACCGGCUGACCAAUGAAAACACGUCAGUCUCAGUACGGUUACAAGCGUGUGUGUGUGGCGGGAGAGAGGGGAAGGUCGAUCCCUGAUUUUCAAUGAAGGGAGGGGCGGGGUGGGGGUUGGCUGUGUAUGAGGAGGGUGCGGAGCAAGGAUUCCCCUCUUGAGGGUGUAGAUAGCUCGGAGCCUCAACAACAUGAGUGACGCGCAAAUGGGUGGUUGAAAGGGUUACAGCAGCACGGUCCGCGAGUUCGGCUACUGCGUGCACGAUAUGGGCACCAACUAGACUUGGCGAUUCUGCAGGACGCAGUGUUUUCUUUUUUGAUUGUCUCUGUUGUAGAUAGUAUGGAGGAAAAACGCCUCGAAUAGGUUUUCUUCGGCGUAAGAAGAUCUGGUAUGGUGCAAGUCGCAAGACCGCCAUUGCUACGCCCGUUUUCAUUUGUUGCAAAGAUGGCAAGCCAACCCCCUUUGAUGUGUACGUCCUAAGCACUUUUUCCCCUGUACUUUAAGCGCAAGCAAGCGUUGACUGUCCGGAU